GUGCAGGUCGCACGUGGUAUUUGUAAUUGUUUCUUUCUAUCUCGCUGAAAUAACUCUCAGAACUUCUCACAGUGACACUGCAAACUUUCUCUUUCUCUCUCUGAGCUCUUCAACGUGUAUUGGAAGAAGCUUAGCUCAGUGUUCAAUCGAAGAACAAGCUUCAAGAAUCGCCCUUCAAACCCAAUCAUACACAGAUCUUGAACGAUUCAUAAAAAUAUUGUUCGAGCUUGAAGCGUUCUUUUUUAGUGAUAUGAUAGUUCAGGAAGCUAAUGGAGGAAAGCAGCAAUAGAGGGGAAUUUCAGCCUAAUUUGGCUAAGCAGACUUCAUUGAGGUUAGGUGGCAGUUUUAAAUCAACGUUAUCUGGAAGAUCAAGUCCGCGAAAUUCGCCGUCAUUUCGGAGACUGAAUUCUGGCCGCACACCAAGAAGAGAAGGAAGGAACAGUCUAGGCGGGGCACUGUGGUUUCGGAGCAAUCGUUUACUUUUUUGGUUGCUUCUAAUUACCCUCUGGGCUUAUCUUGGAUUUUUCGUUCAGUCAUGGUGGGCUCAUAGUGAUAAGAAGGAGGAAUUUUCUGGCUUUGGAACGGGGCCGCGAAAUACUGGCUCAGACGUGGAACAGGUUCAGCGCCGUGAUUUACUUGCUAGUGAUAAUUCAUUGUCUGCUAAUAAUGAGACUGAUGCAAAUAUAGCAGGGACUAGUAAAACUAUAAAUGUAGCUUUGGCAAAGAAAGGCAAUGAUGUCCCGUUACAUCGUAAAACGAGCUCAAAGAAGAGGAGCAGGAGAAGACGUGCUUCGAAAGGUAAAUCAAGUGGUAAGCUGAAACCAACUACAGAAGUUAAGAACGCUGAUAUAGAGGAGCAGGAGCCAGAAAUUCCUACAGCCAAUAGUACGUAUGGAUUGCUUGUCGGUCCGUUUGGCUCAGUGGAGGAUAGGAUUCUGGAAUGGAGUCCAGAGAAACGUUCUGGGACAUGUAACAGGAAGGAGGACUUUGCACGUCUGGUUUGGUCCCGAAGAUUUAUCUUGAUAUUUCAUGAGCUUUCCAUGACUGGAGCUCCACUUUCAAUGAUGGAGUUUGCAACAGAACUUUUGAGCUGUGGGGCUACGGUUUCAGCUGUUGUGCUUAGCAAGAAAGGUGGUUUGAUGUCAGAGCUUACUAGGAGACGGAUCAAGGUGAUUGAGGACAAAGCUGAUCUCAGCUUCAAAACUGCAAUGAAGGCCGAUCUUGUUAUUGCUGGUUCAGCUGUCUGUGCAUCAUGGAUUGAACAAUAUAUCGAACAUUUCCCUGCUGGUGCAAGCCAAGUUGCCUGGUGGAUUAUGGAAAAUCGUCGAGAGUACUUUGAUCGUUCCAAAGAUGUAUUGGGCAGAGUAAAGAUGUUGGUUUUUCUUUCUGAAUCACAAUCUAAACAGUGGCAAAAGUGGUGUGAAGAGGAAAGGAUAAAACUUAGAUCCUACCCUGAAAUUGUUCCAUUGUCUGUUAAUGAUGAACUGGCGUUUGUAGCUGGUAUUCCUUCAACACUUAACACUCCAUCCUUUAGUACUGAGAAAAUGGUGGAGAAAAGGCAGUUAUUGCGAGAAUCAGUCCGAAAAGAAAUUGGCCUAACUGAUAAUGACAUGCUUGUGAUAUCACUUAGUAGCAUCAACCCUGGGAAGGGCCAGCUAUUGCUUCUUGAAUCAGUAAGCUCAGUACUUGAACAAGGAUUGUUGCAAGAUGAUAAGAAAAUGAAAAAGCUAUCAACUAUGAAGGAAGGCAUAUCUACCCUGGCUAGAAAGCAUCGCAAUAGAAAAUUGUUGCCGGUGUUGAAGAAUGGCAAAGUAGCUUCGAAUGAUAUCUUAAGCAGGAGGAAACAAGUUUUGCCUAAUGACAAAGGAACAAUUCAACAAUCUCUCAAGCUUCUUAUUGGUUCGGUUGGAUCAAAGAGUAACAAGGCGGAUUAUGUUAAAAGUCUUCUAAAUUUCGUAGAACAGCAUCCAAACACCUCAAAAUCAGUUUUUUGGACUCCAGCCACAACUCGGGUUGCCUCACUUUACUCUGCUGCUGAUGUUUAUGUUAUAAAUUCUCAGGGGCUGGGAGAAACAUUUGGACGUGUGACUAUUGAAGCGAUGGCGUUUGGUCUUCCGGUUCUUGGAACGGAAGCUGGGGGAACACAGGAGAUUGUUGAGCACAAUGUUACAGGUCUUCUUCAUCCUGUUGGACAUCCAGGGAAUCUUGUUCUCGCACAGAAUCUCCGGUUUUUACUCAAAAACCAGUCUGCAAGGAAGCAAAUGAGUGUGGAAGGAAGAAAGAAGGUGCAGCGAAUGUAUUUGAAGCAACACAUGUAUAAGAAAUUUGUAGAGGUUAUUGUUAGGUGCAUGAGAAGCAAGUAAGUGAAAUAAGUAAUUGCUUGGUACUUGCAAUGCAACUCUCCCAUUCUUUUAUUAGAUUGCACAAACCCUAUUCAGUCCAAUUUAUGGGAAAGAUUACCAGCUUGUGUGCUUUA